AUGGGUACUUGCAUUGGUCGAGAUGAUUGUAGGACCUACUACAAAUCAAUAUAUGACAUUUCAAUAGAAGAUAUAGACGGUAAUGAAAUCAAGUUGUCAACAUUUCAAAACCAGGUUUUAUUGAUAGUGAACGUCGCAACUUAUUGCGGACUGACUGACAAAAAUUAUUUUCAAUUAGAAGAAUUAUAUGAAAAGUAUAACUCAAAAGGGUUCAAUGUGAUAGCUUUCCCUUGCAAUCAGUUCUUAUUCCAAGAGCCAAGGGAAGAGGCCAAGAUCAAGGCUUUUGUUAAGUCUAAAGGCGCCAGAUUCAUAUUAUGCAAAAAAACUCAAAUCAACGGAGAUAAAGCUCAUGACUUAUUCAAAUACUUGAGGCAGAACAGUAAACUGAGAGGAGGAAGAAUAGGAUGGAAUUUUGGGAAGUUUCUAGUGGACAAAAACGGUGAUAUUUAUAACUACUAUAGCCCUGGGACAGAGCCAGAGUUAAUAAAACCCGACAUCGAGAGGCUCAUUUAA